AAUAAAAAAAUCGCUAAAACCCAACGUCGUCUUCCAUUUCUGAAUCAACUGCUGCUGCAGUGGUAGACACUCAACUGUCGCACACUCGGAUCCGAUAAUCCGUUUCCUGAUUAUCCGAUUCGGAUUAUUGAUCCGUGCACAAGCUGUACUGACCGAGGCCGAGCGCUCUCUCGGAUCCAUUUCGAUCCGAAUAUGGACGCUUUGCAGGAAUCGGGUUGGGAGGAGCUCCGGAAAGAAGCUCGGAAGAUCGAAGGUGAUCUCGAUGUCAAGCUCUCCUCUUAUGCUAAGCUCGGAGCUCGCUUCACUCACGGAGGUAAUGUAGAUGCUGGUUCACCAACUCUUGGAUCCAGCAGGUCAUGGAAGUCUAUGGAAAUGGAGAUUCAGUCCUUGCUAGAGAAGCUGCUUGAUAUAAAUGAUUCAAUGAGUCGAUGUGCUACAUCUGCUGCACCUACUACUUCAGUUACACAAAAGCUUGCUAGGCACAGAGACAUACUGCAUGAAUUUACGCAGGAGUUUAGGCGAAUCAAGGGAAAUAUUAACUCCCAGAGGGAACAUGCCGAACUUCUUAGUUCUGUGCGGGAUGAUAUCAGUGAAUAUAAGGCCUCUGGGAGCGUCUCUCCAAGAAUGCAAUUACUAAGGGAGAGAGCUGCUAUACAUGGGAGCAUGUCACAUAUUGAUGAUGUUAUUAGUCAAGCUCAAUCAACCAGAGCAGUCUUGGGCUCGCAAAGGGCCCUGUUUGGAGACGUUCAAGGAAAGGUCAAGGUACUGGGAGACAAAUUUCCAGUAAUUCGUGGUCUAAUAGGUUCAAUCAGAAAAAAACGAUCAAGAGACACGCUCAUCCUAUCUGCUGUCAUUUCUGCUUGUACGCUUUUUCUUAUCAUCUAUUGGCUCUCAAAGUGAACAGAUUUAUGUCAAAAUUGAGUGAGAGAGAAGAGGACUUCCAUAUGGAUUUUCCGUUUACAUGUAUAUUUAGUGAAGUCUAUGGUGGUUUUUUUUA